CAGAGGGAAGCAGGAUGGAGGGGAGUAGCCGUCAGUCCGAGAGCAGCCGUGAAGACGGGUGUGACGGUGGUGUUCAGGCUGAGGAUGGUGGUGGUGAUGGUGAAGAUGGCGAGGAGGUGUUCCCUGAGAUCCGGCUCAACCUACCCACCCCCAACAAGGUUAAGGUCAAGAACGCGGAGUACCUCAAGAGCUGUGUGACCGUAUCGGACUGCCCCCCGCCGCGCUUCCCCGAGUUCGCGGUGAUCGGCCGCAGCAAUGUGGGCAAGUCCUCGCUCAUCAACAUGCUCACGGGGCGCAAGGAGCUGGCGCUGGUGUCCAAGGAGCCCGGCAAGACUCGGUGCAUCAACCACUUCCUCAUCAACGACAGCUGGUACCUGGUAGACCUGCCGGGAUACGGAUUCGCAAAGGUGGGUCUUCAGGGCCGGCAGCAGUUCGACUCCUUCACGCGCGAGUACUUCACCCGCCGACCCAACCUAGCCAUGGUGCUGCUGCUGGUGGACGCCUCCGUGCCGCCGCAGCGGAUAGACCUGCAGUACGCCAACUGGCUGACGGACAAUGAGGUGCCCUUUGCACUGGUGUUCACCAAGGCCGACAAGCGGCGCAAGGGCCUCAACGCCGCCGUACGCGACUCGCACGUCACCGCCUUCAAGCGACAGCUGCUGCAGGACCUGGCCUUCCUGCCGCCCUCGCUGCUCACCUCCUCAGCCAAGGGGCUGGGGCGCGGCGAGCUGCUCAACUUCAUCGCCGCGCUGCGGGUGGCGUACGAGCGCAGCGGCCGGCUGGAGGCCAUUCGGCAGGGCAUGCUACGAUGACCGCAGGCUGCCGGUGGAGAUGCGCUGGGUGGUGCAGAAGCUGGUUGGGGGGAGCGUUCAAGGCGGGAGGAGCAGGGCCCUGCGGGUGCCAGCUGGGCUCACGCUGGAUCUGGAGGAAGUGGUCAUGUGAUAUGUGAGAGCACAAGUGUGCGUGCGCUGCCGUCCUAAUGCUGUGUGCAGACACUGCGGUAUUGUUGGAUACGACCUUGGACGGUUGUCAUUGCCUUCCAGUUGUUGCGUGUAAUCUACGGUAGCUGUACCUCGGCAUGCCGCAUCUGUGAACAACCAAUUGGAGUGCAAACUAUAUGACAGGGACGUA